AUGGAACCCCAGGGUUCCGACCGGGACGAGCGCGAGGCGCCAAGCGCCUUGGCCCGACGUGCGAUUCGGUGCGACAAACGUUCGCCAUGUUCGAACUGUCGCAUCUCGGAUAUUGCUUGUCGUUCCACUGGCGAAGGACAAAAGCCACCUGAGCCGCGGCGUCGGGUUUUGAUUUCUAGCCAAUACGAGAAGAAGAUCGACCUCAUUGAAGAGCGUCUUGAGAGUGUUGAGAAGACUUUACGACGACUCGGAGGCAUUGAGCAGGCACUGCGAGAGCUAUUGAUCUCAUCCCGACAACAGGGCCUUGGGACGGCUAAAUUCUCGGUGUCAUCUCACUCAUCGCCUCAGACGCUAGCUCCAACAAAUUCUCCAGCUGCUAAACAAGACCAGAGGGAAUCAAGAGGCCCUGGAUACACGUCCAACCCGGCCAUCGAGCAGCAUGACCCGGGCUCCGGAUUCGAGGGCAAUUCCUCCUUAGCUGCCCAUUCGGCGUAUGCGAGAGAGUUUCUCGAAUCUGCUGUUUCGCACAGUACCCCUGAUAUGCUUUCUAGUCCGAAGAUUGGCGAAGCGCUUUCGUCCCUGAAACAGAUUGUUGAAAUGCAGAGUAAGCGGCGAGGUGCUGGUUCCGAGAAAGGCCAGCUCGCCAGUCGCCUGGGUGUUCGUCGUGAUAUUCGCGAAUUGGAGAUGCCACCUCUACCCGUUGCUUUGACAGUGCUGAGGAAAGUCAAAGAAAAUCCGCCGUCUUUGUUUGGCGGCUAUAUUCCCUUUUUCACCGUGGACUACUUCAUUGCAAGAUGUCAGGAGGUAUAUUUUGCGACAGAAGAUUAUUCCGACGCGACAUUCAUAAUAGCCAAUUUCGGGCUCUAUGGUAUUUUUGUCGAGUUUGGAUUCUUAGAGAAGGAGCCCGCCACGCGAGACCAAUACCAGCGGUAUGUGCAGGUUUGCAAGGAUAAUCUGGAGGCAGCGCUGGCGAAUCUGAAUAUCCUGAUGCCCGUGACACUGGAGUCUAUUGUAGCGUUGUCUGUCGGUGCAAUGCAUGGAAUUGAAAUAUCGAAACCAUCGGUCAGCUGGACCCUUUCCUCGACAGCGUUGCACAUGUGCCAAACUCUGGGAUAUCAUCGCAUCUCAUCUAUGGAGCACGAUCCCCCAGAACUCCAAAACCUCAAGCAGAGUCUUUUCUGGACCAUCUACACUCUUAUCAACCUAAUGACAUUGCGCUUGGGGCGCGCCUCGGUCGUACAAGACCAUGACAUUGACAUUCCUUCGCCAUUUGAAAGCUUUGCCGGCAUGGGAACUUGGAGUAUGGUGUGCGCUUUGUGGGUUAGGCAGGCCGUGCUCCAGAAUAAUGUCUACACGCAUCUCUACAGCCCAGCGGCGCUGAGCCGGCCCGAAAGCGAACGGGUGUCACAUGCGCGGCGCUUAGCUGUUGAAUUGCAGGGAGACAUACUUGAGCCUUUCGACCGUAUUAUCGUCUCUGAUCCCAAUCUGUCUGAGGUUGAUAUGAUCUUCCUUCGCUCCGAUGGGGUAAGCCGACUGGCGAUCUUGACAUUGAUAUACCGUGCUAUUCCAGCUGAACCAGGCGCGUCGAGUACGUUCAUACCAGAGUGUAUCGAGACAGCCCGGGCGGCUUUGGAGCUGCACCAAGCAUGCGUAGCCGGUCUCAAAGAAGCCACCGAGGCCCUUAGAUGCUCGUACAUGCACUGGGCAAUUUUCCUUUCACCGUUCGUCCCAUUCAUCGUCAUCUUCUGUCACGUUAUCACAACAUCCGACAGUAAAGACCUCGCCCGCCUUGAAGACUUCGUCGCCUCUCUCCGCCCUCUCUGCCGAUUCUCCCAGUCAAUCGACCGCCUUCACAAUCUUUGCUCGGUCCUCGGUACUGUCGCCCGCCUCUACGUUGAGGCGAAAACGCUGAAACAAGCGGGUGAGGACCAAAGUCUGGCAUCUGUCGGCCAGGAAUUCGAUACCUACUUGAGCGCGCUUGGGUUGGCACCUGGGAAUGCGAUGGCCAAUAAUUCGUGGCGAGCCCUUCCAACAGACGUUUCGUCCAUGACUACCGGCAUUGCAGAUCCAUCACUUCAGGCAUCUGGAUUCGGUGUUCCGGCUCCUCAGUCUCAAGGUCAAGAACCGUCUAUGGCAGAGAUGUCGCAGGCGGCGCAGCUGGGGAAUUGGUUCUCUGGAAAUCAGUACAUGAUGGGAUUACUGGAAGAAGAUAUGCUUCAGUUCAAUCCUAGUCAAUGA